CAUACUCUCAUGCACUCACUCCAUUCCCUUCACUUUCCUUUCCGUUUUCUCCUCUUUGAUCAAUGGAGAUCAAUGCCAUGAACCAGACAAAAAUACCCACAUUUUACACCAAACAAACCCCAUUGAAAAGAAACGCAUUGCAUGAAGAAGUUUUACCCACUUUCCGAAGAACCACCCGGCCGGGCACCACCAGGAAAAGGAGAGAGUACUCGAACAAGGAUUCUUCGAGCGAAACGCAAAAUGAUGACGGUGUUGCCGAUGAAGACGACGACGAGAAGGUCGAAGUGAAGAGAAAGAUCGUGGCAUUGCAAAGGAUAGUUCCGGGAGGCGAGGAUUUGGGUGUGGACAAGCUGUUCGAAGAAACUGCUGGGUACAUAUUGGCUUUGCAGUGCCAGAUUAGGGCUAUGAAAGCUCUUACUAGCUUCAUUGAAGGCGCGGAUAAGGAGAAAAGAAAGCUUGGAGGUUGAUCGAUUAAAGCAGACCGGUUGUUUCUCAUCAACUGUAAUUGGUUUUAUUCCCCCUUUGCCAUUUCCUUUUGUGUGAUUAGAAAAUGCAGAGAUAUGUUAAUGGGAUGAUUGAAGAAUGAAGAUAAGACCACU